GAUUACUACGGUUUUGACGAUUCUCGUGACGAGACUAUCUGAAGUGAUAAUUCUGGCUACUGUGAUAAGUUAGAAAAAUACAAGAUAUAACAAAAACCACAAAGAAGCAACUAACCUAACGUCUGUUUUGAUGAUGAGAAGAUGACUGAAGAAGUCGAUGUCGAGAAACACAAAGUCUGAUAUAUUCAGUGGUAUCCAACACGGCCCAGACUUUCCCCAAGUGCAGAGAGCGCGCCAUGGAGAACACAGUGCGAAAAGUUGCUCCUGUUCGAACUGCUAACAGAAUCAUCAAUCUGUUUUGCUUGUGUACUUGUGCCUUGGUGCUGCAGUGUGUUUUGUUCCCCGCCACUGCCGAAAACAUUCCAAGACGAACGUCCGACGACCUGUACAUGAAUCCAUGCAAAGCUGCUGGAUACUUGGAUGAUAUCGCUCUAACUGAAAACGAAUACGAAUCGUUUGAGAGGAGGUGGUUGGCUCUCAAGAACAACAUUUCCGAUAGUCCUCAACAGUCAAUUGUCAACCAUACAGACGCAGAUAGGACGCAGUCACCCAGGGCUGUUACAGGUGACGCCAUGGAUAUGGAGAAGAGAAAACUUCGUCUACAGAGUUUGGUGGAGGAGAAAGACGAACUCACGCAGUUAAUCAAAGAAGCGCGUGCAGAGCUGAAAAAAACUUGCCAUGACAGGUGAGCGCACAGAACUGAAAAUGACUGUUGCUCGUUCGUUGGGAAGCACGGGAGUGGAGCCCAGGUGAUUUCUUUGGGCAAAGGCUGCUACUAUUUCGGCACCGUCGUGCACGAGCUGGGUCACGUGGUCGGCUUCUGGCAUGAGCACAACAGGCCGGACAGGGAUAAAUACGUACAGAUAAUACGGAAGAACAUUAUGCCAGGCAAAGAAAGCGAGUUCAACAUCUUGGACGAAGAUAAAGUGGAUUCCCUUGGUGAACCGUACGACUAUGGCAGCAUCAUGCACUACUCUCGUGACAAGUUCUCCAAGCACAGCUACCUGGACACCAUCCGGCCGUUCCGUCAGAGAGGCAUGAUCGCCCUGCCCCGUAUCGGCCAAAACAUACGACUCAGUGAUGGGGACGUACGACAGACCAACAAACUCUACAAGUGCCCUACUUGUGGCCGCACCGUGAUGGAAUCAAAGGGCACGAUUAGCCCCGACUCAGGGAUACGAGGCGAAAAGACGUGCCAAUGGAGGAUCAUAGCCUCUCACGGGGAGCGGAUCCAGCUGAGCCUGACCCGACUUGACCUCAGUAACUGUGACACAGACUACGUGGAGGUCAGGGAUGGACAUUUUGUCGGCUCUCUCAGUUUGGGCAAAUUCUGUGGGAAGAAGAUCCCCCCGCCCAUGAUCUCCUCCGGCACUCGCCUCUGGGUGGAGUACAAGUCAAGGGCGGCGCGCCCGGGAGCUUUCCAGGCCGCUUUUGAGGCUAUAUGCGGUGGUAACAUGCCUGGACCUGAAGGCUUCCUCAACAGUCCCGCUUAUCCGGAUGAGUAUGGCAGUGAUAAAGUCUGCGAGUGGGUCAUCACUGUGAGAGAGGGAUAUCAAGUGGCUCUAGAGUUCGCCACUUUCGAGGAGGUGGACGAGUGUGAGGGUGAAGACCACGGCUGUGAGCACGUGUGUGUGAACACUCUAGGCAGCUACGAGUGCACGUGCAAGAUUGGAUAUGAGCUGCAUUCGGACGGGAAGAAAUGUGAAAAGGCGUGCGGGGGUUACUUGGACGCACCCAGUGGGACCAUCUCCUCCCCGUCCUUCCCUGACCUCUACCCCCCAGACAAGAACUGUGUCUGGCACAUCAGCGCGCCCAAGGGACACACCCUCACCGUGAACUUUACUCAUAUGGAUCUGGAGUGGAGGGGGGGCGGCUGCCAUUAUGAGGUGACAGAUACCAAGGGCGUCAUCCAGAGCCCAGAUUACCCAAGCUUCUACCCGGCCAGGCGAGACUGUGAGUGGCAUUUCACCACAGCACCAGGACACGUUGUCCGUCUCAUAUUCACGGAUUUCCAGGUUGAGCCUCACAGGACUUGUAGGUACGAUCACGUUGAGGCGUUUGACGGUGCAAAUAUUCAGGCACCACAGAUUGGCAAAUACUGCGGCUCAGAAAAGCCUGCACCAAUCAUAUCUUCCGAAAACACGUUGACCUUGACCUUCCUCUCUGACACGUCUGUGCAGCGGAAAGGAUUUAGAGCCCGUCAUGACACUAUAACCUUUGAGCUUGAGCAAUACGACUACGUGGCUGUCUACGAUGGGCCGACGGAGAAUGACCUGGUCCUCGGCAAGUUCUGUGGGAAUCAGGUCCCAAGCCCUAUCGUCUCCAGUACACGCAGUCUUCUCGUUCGCUUCCGCUCUGACGAUACGAUCAAAUCUGGAGGCUUCAGCGCCACCUAUCGCAUUGCAGAUGACACGGACACACAGUGGAUCUGCUGAGCCAGUGAAAACAAAAAGGAGCAACGCCUACGGGGUUCAACAAUUGAUGAAAUGUUACUGAUUAUAUUGAAAGCAAAUAUGCAGUUUUCAUGUUGAACUCUGGUAAAUGAAAAGUCUUCCCCCCAGCAAGACUGUACUGAACUGUUAUCUAUCGCCUAUUAUUAUCACCAUCCUAACAAGAUCAUGUAUAAUAAUCAAAUCAGAGUCUCUUAAUAUUAGGCCUACGUUACCCAUAUUGCACACGACCGACUUAGAGACCAGUAAAUCCUGCAAUUGUACAAACACAUGUAUGUGGGUUCUGCAACAGUAGCCCCCCUUUUCCACGCACAGAAAGGGGAGGCGUCUGCGAAGUCAACAGGAACGGAUGUGAAGCAUCAAUUUCUCAGAAGUGACAAAGUACUACUGUGUUUAAUCUAUACACCCGAUAUUAUAUUUGCACUUAUCGCACUGUCUCUCAAAGCAGAAAACUGACAUAAUAAUGCAUGUAUAAUAUAAAUUUAAUUUAAAUAUAAUGCCUCUUAAAUAAAGAUCGGUGUUUCCUCUAAAUCCACGAACAAACAAAUGCAUGGGAUGACGUGGUGUAUAUGACGUGUCUCACUCUGACAGGCCCUAAGACAAGAAUGUAUUGUAUAUAUUUUACUUCUGGUGCUUCAUAAACACGAUAUUACUCUU